AUGUCAUUAAGAGUUGUUCCAUCCAGUACUAAUAAAGAGUCUUCAGUGAACACCACGAAGUUUGGUCAACCAGCUGAGCAUGCACCUGCCUUGCAAGAUAGUUUAAGAUCGCAAGAGGGUCCCUUGAAUAUAGCAUCAAAGAUAAACAAUCGUCAUCCAUUAGAAUCUCAAGUGACAAACUGGGAAAAAACUCAGGAAGAAAACAGAAUGGAAACUUAUAGACGUAUAUUUGGUGCUGGUGCUCCAAUCAAAAGAGCCAUGGAGUUGGAAAUCGUGGAAUCAUCAUCAUUUAGACCAAGUUUGUUAGGGGGUGUUGAUUCAAUGCAUAAGGAUAUCUUGUUGAAUAAAGAUUCGAGCGUUGAUUGGGAAGAUAUUUACCCUGGAGGAUUUGCUAAUGGUGACAACGUGAGGGAUUUCCAUUCUGAAAUGGAAAAACAAAUGGGGAUUUAG